UAUACAGAAAACCCGAUCCAGUAGCCGACAGAAUUUGUACUUUAUCGUUCUCUUCUUUCACGGCUGCAUUAGAAGCCAACACCUGCCGACUGCUCGCAGCGCCGUGGCAUCCUGCUCCCCGUUAAAUACAGCUACAGGAUGAAAAUCGAGAACAGCCUGCCUUGCCCCCUUCUCCCUGAGUUCCCCUCCCAGACUGGGCUACAGUUUACUGUGGCAACCGAGGAAGACUUUGAUGAGAUAAUGGCGAUGAGUCAGGACAUCUACGGCGGCUUGGACUACCUGCCCACUCGCUAUGGGUCUUGGCUCCAGGAACCCCAUCGCAUGGUCAUCUUGGCGAGGAAAGAUGGAAAAGUGAUUGCCCUGGAAUCCGUGUGCGUGAUUGACGACGGUGAGACAGUGCUGGUAGAGGGGCUGCGGGUGGCUCCUCAGGAGCGCGGCAAGGGCGUGGCGGGGGUCCUGCUGCGCUUCUGCUCCCAGCUGGUCAAGGCCAGGUACCCUGACGUCAAGGUGAGCCGCCUGACCCGUGACGACCAGCUGGGAACUAAAGACUUCCAGAAGUAUCGGCUCAUCACCAAGCAGGCGAUUCUCCUGGUUCGUUUCAGAGCUGAGGAUCUCAAACUGCGGCUGGCGGAGAUGGAUUCGGAGGCGCAGCGUUUCGGGGGUCCCACUGUCCCCCAGGCAGUGUUGUUGGACCCCAGCGAGGCCCACAGGCUGUUCCUGAGUGCCAGCAUCACACAGGACGUCCUACCAAAUGCCACCAUCGUGCAAGACUGGCAGCCCUUUAAACCGCUGCCUAGCAACAUGGCCAUCCUGGCCAAGAAGGACAUCGACUGGAUGGUGGAUGAUGCGAUUCGGCCCUCGGUCGCCAGCCUUUGCACCUUCCCCUUCCGCGUGCCCAUCGGAGAAGACUGGUAUUACCUGAACAUUGACGUCUUCGGGAAAGAUCUUGACCUGGUGCAGCAGCAGUUCGUGUCCCACGUGCGGCGCCACACCGCCACUCUGCGGGGCAACGUCAUGUGUCAGCUGUUCCUGGACCCCCCCCUGUGGGAGCCACUGGCCGAAUUCUGUCGCAACACCAUGGGCGUGGAGCUGGUGAAGGGCUACACCGAGCAGUGCGUGGUGGAGUCCGACCUGGUCUAGCUAGGCGAGAUCAAGAGAGAAGAAAGGAGAGUGAUGACGUGACAGACAGCCCCUUCCUCAGAGAGACAUCCCUCAAAAAAGGAAGCCGCCCCACCCUCUGCUUCCUUGAGGGUACCUUUUACUCACCUCUGCAUAGCAACUCUCAAGUCUCAAAAACGUUUAAAGAUAUAACAAAUGCAAUCAACGUAGGAUUUUAAAAGCAUUCAUUUUAACUCUAAAAUAGGUUACAAGUUUUGUUGGUGUAUAAAAGAUCAAGAAACCGAAAACACAUAGAAAUGCAAGCUUAGGAUAUCCACUUUAUGUUCAAGCAGCUCAUAACAAUUAUUAUUUUUUGUUUAUAAAUAGACUAAAGUGCAAAUAGGUCUGCACAAGUCUCAAUGCACUUUAUAAAUAGUAUGUAAUUACGUGAUGUGAGGCCCAGUGAGGCACAGUGAUCAGCUGGAUACGCCAGUUCAUUCUAGCUUUGAAGAGUUUUGGCAGGAAGCAUGUUUCCGCUGCCCUUCUCACUCCGUAAAUCCUAUAGAGGAACUGAGGAACAUAACAGCAUCGUUUAGUUUUGCGUUAAUCGGUAAACUGCACCCAGGAUGAAAAAUAAUCGAUGAAAAGCGACUCGACCUCUACCACUCAUAUACAAGCGCGAAAAAAUACAGUUUCAGGUUCACAGCCUUCAAAGUUACAAUUCCUCUUCUUUUAAAACAAGAACGAUACAAUGUAGCAAGCGACGUUAUUGAUGCUGUUGAUUUAGUUAAAUAUAUUUCACAUUUUAAUAACUUUUUCAAACAGGCUUUUAUUUCAAAAUGGUAUUCGCUGAAGGAAAAUGCACUACAAAAGGUUUGCAAGAUGUAGUGUGUGCACUUAUAUCUGCUAAUGAAAAUGAUUAAUAAUUGACUUAUUUAAGAGCCGGUCUUCAAUGGACAAUUCCCUCUUUGAGGCACUUGGCCCUUUUUGCUAAAUACGCUGUGAUCGGUAUUAGUUUAACUUGUGAAUGUUCAGGGUUGGAUGCAUGAUGUGAGUAUAGAGAGAUAAUGGUCAUAUUUGUAAUAGAAUGCAUGAUGUGAGUAUUUAUUGGACUAAUCUGUGUUCAGAGGAAUGACAUGGAGGGACCUGAUUGUGUUUCUAGAAUAACUGCUGCAAGUUUUCUACUGUUAUUUAUUUACAUGUAAUAUUUAAUCAGUUGUGGUACAGAUAUUUUUAUAUAGUACCAAUAGCAGUAAUUUGUUAUUAUUCGUUUUAUAAGAAGCAGAAUCAUCAACGUCAGAAUUUUUUAUACACUGCAUUGUUCGGUACUUUCCGAGUUUUGGUGAGAACUUGCGAAUACCAUUUGAAAUAAAUGAACCUGAUCCAAAGUUAUUUGUCAAGCAAGAAAAAAGAUACCAAACACGAACGCAAAAGCACGCAUGUCUUUCAUUUUUGCAUCCAUUAACCAGAAGUGUAUUGAUUUGCCUUCACAUAAGCUAUUGUUAAUGUGCACCGAGAUUCCUGCUUUUUUAGAUUUUACUGUAAUGACACGAAGGUCUGGAACCCUUGUGUGACUGACUGUCAUACUUUUAUGGCUAUUUAAAGUUAUCCACCAAGUACAGUAUCUUCAUCUCAUGCGUAGCAUCUCAGUCGGAUCUCCUGCACUACCUUCCAGUAUUCUCUUAAGACCGAAUAUUAUUCCCUUAUUGAAAUUCUCAAAGCAACUUUGCUUACUCCAUUAAGCAACAGAUUCCUUUGCCUGUUUAUUCAUUUCCUUAUAUACUUUUAAUGCCUUAAAAAAUAAAUACAUAGAUAUAUAAUGUGAAACACACAAUGGUUUUCUAAGAAGGAGGAAGAAAAUGAAAGUUGCAGGAAAUGUAAAUGGCCAAUAUGUACAUUGCAUUAGUCAGAUAUUACCCUCUGUAAUUACUUUGCUGUUUAUUGGACAUAAAAAACAAACCAACUUUUUAAAUCACACCAACAGCUUUUAAUUUUUUCGUUAAGAGGCCUCACGAGGACAUGAUGAGAAACAUCUUCUAUAGAUGGAUAAACUAAUAUUUUGAUAUAUUAGUAAUCUAAAGUAGAAGAUAGAAAAUAUAUUUUUUCACUUUUAAAUUAAGCAUGAAUUAUACCUGUCAAUGGGAAAGAAGCUUAAGAAGAACGAGGACGAUUCUAGCGAUGGACUGAAUGCAAAAAGAACACAUUCCUCUUGCUUCCCCAAUGAGCACAGACCAUUUUUUUUAUUAUUAUUAUGACUGAUGGAUUGAACUGAGUCAAUGUUGAGGCUGAACGGCAACUAUGGGGGAAAUAUUCGAGGAAGACACAGAGAAACUGAAAGCAAAUGACAAACCACAUCAGCAGAGUGUCCCCAAAGGCCGCUCCAGAGCGCUUGGUUGGCUGUGAGGGCUGGAAGAGAUGCGUGGCAGUAAGAAGGUCAGCCUACUAUCCCUUUAAAGGCAUGCUUCCAGCUGUGCCAAAGGUCUAAGCAAGAGGACAGUGUGUAGAUGAGUGGACCAUGUUUACGCCCAAUUUCAGUGAAAGCAAGGAGAAGAACCAUUAAGUUGCCUAGUGAACCACGAUCAAGGAUUCUACAAAAAGUUUUCAAAAAAAAAAAACCAAAAAGCUUCCCAAGAAACUACAACAUCUGUUUUAUUCUUACAUUAAUCUUCUAGUGCAGUAUUUCCCAACCCAGUUCUUGGAGACCCACAGACGGUCCACAUUUUUGCUCCAUCCAAGCUCCCUGCCUGACAGACCACAUUUUUGCUCCUUCCCAGCUCCCGGUAGGAGCGAAAAUGUGGACUGUCUGUGGGUCCCCAAGGACCGGAUUGGGAAACACUAUCUAAUGGUUCUGGACUCUUUUUAAGUCUUAAUUUUGCUGUUGAACCUAAGAAGAAAAGAUUCGAAUGGAGGCCAACAGACUGUAAUGACGAAGGGAAGACCAGCAUGUACAGUGGGGGUCUGAGCACCGCCCCCCCAGCUCCUUCACUUCUGGCCCAAAUUCCACAUAUGUUAUUGUAUACGCUGCUUCAGGGCGGCUGUACAAAAGCCAAUUGGGAUGGAAAAGCUAAAAUUGCCCCAUACAUUUCAAAAAAGUGUCCUCUACCAAUGUGCACCAGAGCCUUGUCCCCGACUGAAAUUAAAACUGAAGCAGAAUUAAGCUAUAAAAUUGAAGAUUCCAGAUUCGACCAUCCUUUUAUGGCAGUGCGAUGACAUAUAAGGAUGGAGGAGCGUUGACAAUACAUUAACCAGACAAUGAGUUUGUAGUGCGCUGUGGGUAGUUAAUGUUCAAAGUUGGGAGACAGAUCCACUCAAGAAUACAUGACUGUCUGUUCUGAAAUGGGAUGAAGUUUCUAAUAUUAGUUUGGUCCCAGCCGGCAGCCAGAGUAAUAGGGUUACUGAAGCAUUCUUAAGUUCCUGUUUAUUAAGGUUUGUACCACUUGCAACUCAAAAAGAAUAUUUUACUUCUGUAAAUUGUCAUCUUCUGAGAAGUAGCUGGCAGAUGGGUAACACAUCACAAACCUUCUGACCAUUUGCAGACAGCCUUAGUUCCUCGAUGUUUUCGUUUCACGUGAGAAAAUUCAUCCCGUGGUCAAAAUGGGUGACAGCGUUCUCAGCACUGACAUUAACCUCCCACAGGCGCCCACCCCCUUCAUGUGAAAAAAACAAACUUUUAAAAAUGUGCUGAGGUGAUUUCCGUUCUCUGCAGAGCACUUUACAAACUGCUCACCACCAGAACAAGAAGAACCGUCCUUCGUCUUCAAAUGGACUCUGCUUGUUGUUCCACAUUUUUUGUACUUGAAUGAAGCAUCUCGUCUCGUAUCAGUUUUGUUAUGUGACAAACCGUAAACAAAGCAGCACGAAAAAGAGUAGCAAACUGUCAUAUGUAACAGCCAGGGGACCCUCAUGGCAAAAUUAUGUAUAAACUCUGCUCCAGCUCAGUGGUACUAAACUGUAUGGUGUAUUUUAAACAGAUUCACGCUGUACUGUAGGGCUCUGUGUUCUGGGUUUGCUGACGCUGAUGGUAGCUGAGUGGCACAUUCUGUUUGAGCCGCAAUAUCUUAGAAACAAACUAUAUAUUGUGGUUAAAGUGUGCAUUGCCCGCAUUGCUGUCUGUGACCUGUUGGCUAAAGCUGUGUAAUGUCAACAUAUGUUAUGCAGUUUUGGGUAAAGGUUUAUGCAUCAUUAUUAGUAUUAUAGCACAUAAUACUGUCAGAGAAUCUUACUUAGACAAACUCUUCACUGUAAGAUAUUUAACCGAAGCAUUGUUUAAAGAAGUGACAAAAUAGCGUGAUGCCGCCAGGUGGGAGGAACAUUCUAGAUCCCAGUUCCGGUCUGGAUUCAUAUAGAAAACCUGCACGCAUAAGAGAGAAUAAGGAGCGUUUGGGUGAAGAGAGCUCUGCUGAAAUGAGUAUCCAAUAUCGCGGCGAAGGGUUUGUCUCUGUUAACAAAAUGUAUUCAGAGUGAACUUGGCACAUAAGAGUUUCCCUUUGAGUUUUCAGUUUUGCUGUGGAUUCCCAGGAAAUUUGCCAGAUCCUAAAAUAUUUCAUUAUGCCACUCAUUGGGUCAAUAAGAGGGAUCAGCUCCGUGAGCCAUAACGGAUCGUACCAAAACUGGGCAGGGGGGCACAUUGGAAUGGGAACAAAUUUAUACUUUAUUGUACUUAUACGUGAACAAGUGCAAAUUUCCUUAUCAAAUUUAAGCUUAACGAAGAUGGUUGUUAGCAAAAAUGUAUGGAAAUGUAAGCAGGUGUAUACCAGUUUUCAUGUUUUAUAUUCAUGGACCUUCUGCCAUAUUACCCCCCACCGGAUUUUACUGUCUUUAUUUUCCUUCUUUGUGUUUUCUGCCAUGUUUCAUUAAGUCAUUUUUUUCUUUGCAUAUGGCAUCGAGCGAUACAUUUAGUUGUGAGCAGGUUGGUGAGGGCGCUGGGGCGCUGGGGGGCUGGGGGUGGGCCCAGUGUGACACGUGAAGCUCGUCCCUGUUCUUCAUCUAGGGCAUGCAUUUUCAAUUUCUUUUCCAGGAAUGGAAACAAUGACGGCAGUAAGGGAAUGGUGACGGGCUGGGGUGGGGUGAGGGGUUUAAGGGGUAAGCAUGGACUGUGUAACAAGAGUUCAUGUCCCUCACAUUGUAUUACCAGUCAGACAGUGAGCAGGGCUAUUGUGUAACGUAGGAGACGUAUGGGUCUGCAAUGCCCUCUGGCUGAGACUGAGACUGGGCAACUGUGAGUAACUAGUGUCUAGUGAACCUUAAAGAGGGCAAAGCAAAUGCAAAACUUCCCAAGAGAAUAUGCCGUUUUGUAGCAGGAUUCCGUCAACCCACGGCCUACAGGAAGAGACUCUCUUAUGUUAAUGUCGGAGCGUAGCUAGCAGUGGAUGAGGGUCAUUUCCUCGCGUUAGUCAGAACAGCCCUAAUUCAGCCACACAGAGCAAACACACAGAGUCCCACGUAGAAUCUGCGCAGGCUGCUACCCUUAAGCUUAUGCCAGUAGCACCUGUAGAGACAUUCCUCAACAGGGGAAUGUUAUGUACAGUAGAAAGUACUGUUUUGUUAAAAAAACAAAAAUGUCCGUUUUUUUAAACCAUGUACCCUGUCUCCCUGAGUAUAGGGAGUAGAUUAUGGUGAGGAUGUAGGGUUGGGGGAGGGUUAGGACUGGUAAUUUUUGAAAUACUUAAAGACACGACAGACCAACAAUCCCUGCUUGCUACAUAAACCAGCUUAUUAUACAUGUGGUGUAGUGGGGCAGCAUGCUGGGGUGGGGGUCGUCUUUCCUCAUACUGCCAGGCCCGAGGUCUCAGUCCCACCUGUGCUCUGUGUUUGUGUGGAGUUUGCAUGCUCCUCCAUAGCCGUGUCAGAUCCCUUUUCAGUCCAGAGGCAUGCAGAUAGGCGGAAUAGUGACAUAGUGUCUCCAAAUUGUCCCUAGUGUGUAAGCUUACGUAUGUAUGAGCCAUGCGAUGGAUUGACCUGUUCUGCAGUACACAGACACACUGACAUAUAUAUGUAUGGGCUUAAAACAAACUAAUAAAAAUUACUUACUAGCAAUUUUAAAAAUCUAAAUAACCGAAAAAGGAGUUUAAAAAAUUGAAUUAACAGAAAUAGUGCCACAUUGUUUGUAUAUAUAAUAUCUGUCAAUUAUAUUUAGGGUUCAGGUAGUUCAUAAAUAAACGAUAACACAAAUGACAAACAGGCUAAAUAUUGUAAUUUCAGAUUUGACUAGUGCAGAAGACGACAAUAAACCUUCUUAACAGUCUGCUUAAUUAGUUUUGCCGUUUUCAUAUUUCAGUGUAUGAAUGCACUUUUUUAAUGAUAUUUUAAACAAGACACAGAAAUGCUACUUGGGUUAGGGCAGUUCAUGCUGGCUACUUUUAGUAAGAUAUAAGCUAAUCUUCCAAUAUUCUUUUUUAGUGCCACUCUACUGAACAUUUUAACAAAUUUUCUGUAUUCCAUCCCUUAUUCAGCAGAUAAAUAACCAAAUUGCACAAAAGUUUUGGUUGUUUAACUAUAACUAGUAGCAUUUUGGACCAAAAAAAGUAAAUAAAAAAAAAGGAUUGCAAUAAUAGCAUAUAGGAAAUAGGGAAUCGUUCCAUAUCAAUCCACAGGCAUGUGUGUGCUUGCGUGUGAGCCUCAAGUAUGUUUGUGCGCUUGAUACUCUUGUGAAAUUCCGAAGUGCACAUGCAUGCGGACAUGUGUGUGGCUGACAUCGUUAUGUUGAUGAAUACAUUAUGUCUCAAAGGAGACAGCUGGCUGCUUGCUGGGGUUGUUCAGUCUUUAACGUGUCCUUUAAUCUAAAUUACAUUGCACUUGAUCCCCCAUGGGGAACUGAGAACCAGCUAGUUUACAUGCACGACGCACUUGAUGGUCUCAAGAUUCAUUUGUGCUUAAGUAUUAAGCAUGUAACUGACACACAUGGGCCGGAACGCUUACAGCGAGGAUCCCCAGUUCCGGUCCUGGAGGGCCACUCUGCAACACCUUUUGCAGAUUCCCCAGCUCAGACUUACCUAAUAAACCUGGCAAUUCACUGGUGAGCUGGUGAGCUCAAGCUGUGUUGCAGUCUGAGCCUCCGGCACUGGAAUCGGGGAGCCUUGGCUUACAGACACAGAACACCCACAUGAGCUGUAUCGUUCCACCUGGUGACCCUGCAACACUAGGAUGCAGUUUUGAGUUUUAGGCUUUUACGUCUGAGUGGAAUCUACACCAGCAGCAGCCCUUGGUGUCUGGUGGCACGGAGCAGAGGGAGUGCUGCUACAGUGCCUGAUCAUUCUAGUACGACUAGCAGGAUCCUCUGAAAACUUCACCUAGAAAAGUUCUCAGGGAAGGUCAUUCACAGCGGCCUUUAAAAGUCCUACUUUUCCAGCUUAAUCAGAGGCCAAACUGGGAUAUUAGUGUAAAGCAGGAACGUGAUGGAACUCAUAUGAAUUCAGCCUAUUUUGCUAUCGCAUUUAACAUAACAUGCGCAGGACCAGCCAUCUUAACACUUUGUAGAUUCUUGUACCCAACUGGACCACAGACUGUAGAAAACUAAUUCCUCGGCAAAGUGUAUUUGUCAUUAAUUUGUGGAUGAUAUCGUGCUGCAGGUCAGUAUAGCCUCGUUGAUUAUAAACAACCAUAGAUUUAUACUACUCCUGCGACUGUUUACUGGGAUUUUUCCCAGUUUAGGGUAAAAAAUGAUUUCUGCUUCAUUACGAAUUGGGACAAAAUAUUCAACUGCCAUUUGUUUAAAGCUUGUACCUUUACAACCUUUUUAUAAAUAAACUUUUCUUUUGUAUGUAGGUACAUUGUUUUCAAUAAGAGUCCUUAAAAGGGCACUUCAAUGUGAAUCCCCAUAAGAUGAGACUGUGGGCGUCUUUCCAAACUUUUCUUCAUCCUCCAAACACCCAUCCUUCCUUCAUUUGCAUUCCUGUGUUCAUAUCCUGUUUUUUAUGUUCUCCCUCUGUUUCUGGUUUUUAUAUAUAUAUACAUAAGCACAGACUAUUGUCUGAAGGUCUGUGUAUAUCACUAUACUGUAUUAAAGGAAAGGAUAACGGCUAAGUUUAUAGGCUUCUAAAGGUGUAAUGUGAGAGAUUUUGCACAUAUAUCAUGUGAUUGGCAUAGUGAAUGACAGUAUACUUUAAAAACUUCUUCAUUACAUUUUUAUUAAUAAUUUAAAAAAAUGUAGUUCAGAGCGGAGGUGGAAAUUUCAGGUCCAAAAGUGAAAAUCCAGACCAAGAUUUUGUUUCAAGCAACCAGUUGAGUAUAAAGUGUCACAGAGUGACUCAACUGGUUGGUUGAAACAAAAAAAAAGCUGGUCUGGAUUUUUACUUUCUGGACCUGAAAUUAGUUAGUUUGUGUAAUGUGCAACAUUUCGUCAUGUUCGAUAUUGGAUAUAUUAUUGUGAUGCUAAAAUGUUACAUGAAGAAGUUGUUUACCUGAGCUCUUGGUUGACAUAGAAGUGACGUAAAAGUGAGCUUUUAAAGUCUCAAUUUACAAGUGAAACACACCCAUCUGAGCAAGUCCUUCUCCUUUCCUUAUGGUAUGUUUCUGUAACUAGCACUCACACUGAUAACAUGUCAUGUUUGUAUGAACUGUGAACCACUUUCUGCCUCAUUGUACUGUACUUAAAAGUUAAGUCACUGUAGUUAUUCUUUUUUAUUUAAUUGUAAUGAAACAUAACUGUUGUUUAUUCUGCUUGGUCAAUGCAUAGUUUCAUGUGUUCUUAUAACCCAUAUAUAGUCGUCUUGUAUAUUUUGCCUUAUGAUGUCAUAAUGUACUUUUCAAACCACCUCAACUCUCAGCAUAACUAUAGACAGCGUGUGUUGUACAUGCUGUGUAUUUUUCUCAGAGAUUAGAGCUUUCAGCUGAGAACUUAAGCUUCUCAGUGGCUGACCUGUACACAGUAUAUAGCAAAAUGUACAUUCCUCAGAGUGUUAGAACUCCUGAACGCUAUAUGCACUUUUGAUGAGGUAUCUCCAGUGAUGGUCGAUGGCCAGGUUGCGGAUAUUCUUUAUGGGAAUGUAGCAACGUAUAUUGACUUCUUUUUUUGCCAGCCCACACAUGGGCCAUUUAAAUGUUUCCCAAUCAAAUGGCCCCGAUUGUAACUGAACCCGUUGGAGGCCCUGAGGCACACCUAAGACAAAUCUGGUAUAUGCAAAGUUCUCCUGGGCGUUGAGGUGAUGUUGACUCCCCCGGUGCAGUAUCUCCAAAAACAUCACAGUCGGAUUCCAUGCACCUGUUAGUGCUGAGUGCUUAUGCCUGUUCCAGAUAUGGGCCGGAGUCCAUCCAGAUUAGCACCAAGCACUGGCUGUGUUGACGGCAGUCUAAAUAUACUCAAAUCUCAAAUAUACACUGAAGCCAUUUCUAAACAUCUUGAUCUAAUUCGUGUAAAAUGAGUGAUACAUCAGAAAAUAAUACGCAGUACUAAGUUCUGGAAAGAACUGAAGGGACAAAUGCUGUGGGAGUCAAAGGUGAGACUAUUUAAAGAGUUGACUGUAUGUUGUGAUGAUUAUCGGUUGUCUAAAAUUUUUUAUAUAUAUAUAUAUAUAUAUAUAUUUUAUAUACCCAACCAUCUAUCCAUUCAUUCAUCUUCCAACCUCUUACCCUGGUCAGGGUCACUGGGCGGCCUGGAGCCUGUCCCAGUCAGGGCACAAGGCUGGUAUACCCAAGCUCAUUGCUUAUUCUGAAGUGAUGAGAUGAAAAUGAAAUAGAAUUUGUGUUAUUCUCCGUCAUUUUGGAAAAAUGUAAAAGAUGCAUAACUAUUUUAAAUACAACUUUUUUAAACCUUGCGAUGCUUGAGAGGUCAAUGGGAUGUGUUCCUUUCUACUAUUCUGGAUGCUUUUUGUGGAGGGGAUCGGUUUGGAAGGGAUCACAUGGCCAGGUUUACGACCAGCAGAAGGAGCAUAUGAAAUGUGUAAAUACCCAUCGCAGUUUGCGUGAAAUUUUACCGGUCAUGUCAUCUUUUACCUGUGGGGUUUAUUUUGGUUAACAAGCUGUGUCUGACAGUCUGCUAUAGGCAGGGAAUUCUGUUGGGACAUUUGGGCAAACAGCAAAGGGCACUGGAAGUGAAACAAGUGAAGAAUUAAAUGUGAUUGUAAACCUGGCCAUGUACAGGAAAUACAGGCUGUAUAAUAUAACACUGAUGGCUGUUUUACCGGGAUUGAAAGAUUGAUAUCUAUUCCA